AUGUCAUCAUUCAAAGCACCGCCACACGGCGUCUGGGCGCCAGCCAUUACGUUCUUCGACCACUCAACCGACUCUCUAGACACUGAGUCCCAAGCCAAAUACUACGCCUACCUCUCCAAGACGGGCCUCGCCGGUCUGGUAAUUCUUGGUACCAAUGCAGAGACCUUCCUCCUGACGCGCGAGGAGCGCAAGACGCUUCUCCAAACGGCACGCAAGGCAACCGGCCCCUCAUUCCCCAUCAUGGCUGGUGUCGGCGGCCACUCUACCAAGCAAGUCCUCGAGUUCAUCGCCGACGCUGCGGAAGCUGGCGCUGACUCGGUAUUGCUCCUCCCUCCCGCAUACUUUGGGAAGCAGACCACACCCGCAGUCAUUGAGAACUUCUUUGACGAUGUCGCCAAGGAGAGCCCGCUCCCCAUCGUCAUCUACAACUUCCCUGUCGUUUGCAACGGCAUCGAUCUGGACUCUGCCACCAUCACUCGUCUCGCCAAGAAGCACAGCAACAUCGUCGGCGUGAAGCUGACCUGCGGUGCCGUGGCCAAGAUUACCAGAUUAGCCGCCGAGUUCCCGCCCGAGCGAUUCUCUACCUACGGCGGCCAGUCGGAUUUCCUCAUCGGUGGCCUGGCUUCGGGCUCUGCGGGAACAAUCGCCGGGUUUGCCAAUGUCUUCCCCAAGACCAUUGUUAAGAUCUACGACCUCUACAAGGAGGGCAAGUUCCAGGAAGCCCUGGACCUGCACAAGAAGGCGGCUCUGGCGGAGCAGCCCUGCAAGGCCGGAAUCUCUUCCGUGAAGUACGCUGCUGCGCUCAACACCGCCGUUGCGGCCGGCAUCGAUAAUGCCGUGGAGAAGCUGAAGCCUCGACGGCCGUACAUUGCGCCGAGUGAUGCAGAGAAGAAGAACAUUGAGGAACAGAUUGCGGGAUUAGUUAGCAUUGAAGCGGGUCUGUAG